UCAAAUUAUGCAGUUCGUUUCGUUGUGAACUCGCGCACAGCAUGCUAAUUAGGCGAAAAUCAUUUACAGGCAAAACAUUAAAUAAAACAUUUCUAGUUUGACCAAAGACGAGAACAAUUGGUCUAAGCUUGGCAUACCGAAGCCAUAGCGAACACGUAUCAUUCUCUCCCGCGUGUUGUUCCGAAUGUUGCGCAAUCUGCUACUAGCCCGCGUGCUUGCUCCCCAGCAACCUAACCCAUUGCCCAACGGCCGCGCCAUUAUCACGCCACCGACGUCGGCGUAGCCGUUGAUAGUGCCUACAAUUGCCAAAACGCGCUGCUGUAAUCUCGAUUAGAUCUUUCAGUCAGUCAAUCAGUCUCGCAAUGAAGAAACGUUCGAAUUCACGUGGCACACCGCCCGCGCAGGAAACGUGUGGCGAUCGUUUAAGCGCAGCCGCCUCUGCCCUAAACAAAUCAGGUGCGGCCAGUGCCCCGGCCACACCAACCAAGCAACGAGGCGGAGAUAACGGCAAGGCGGCGGGGGCACGCCGAAAGGAAGAAAUAGCAAAAACCUUUGUCAUAGUCAACGAGCGACCAGUAGAUGAUAUAUCCUUAGACUUUUUUUAUAAGCCACACACAAUCACAUUGCUGGCCGUCUCCGUGCUGGCCGUGAUGUACUUUGCCUUUGUCCGAAAUGAAAGCAAUGUAGAGGACAAUCUUUGGGCAGGGCUGCUCUCCAUAGUAUUCUUCUUUCUUAUCGUCUCGGUUAUUGCAUUUCCCAAUGGACCAUUUACACGACCACAUCCGGCAAUCUGGCGAAUACUUUUCGGUUGUUCGGUGCUCUAUUUGCUCACAUUACAGUUUUUAAUGUUCCAAAACUAUCAAACCAUACGAAAUAUGUUCUAUUGGUUGGAUCCCAAGCUGAAAAACUUUCAUAUUGAUAUGGAAAAGGAAUACGGUGUCAACUGCUCCGACAUUAGUUGGGAACGUGUUAAGGGCCAUUUGGAUGUGUUCGCCUGGGGCCACUUUCUGGGCUGGGCAUUUAAAGCGAUACUCAUCAGGCAUAUGGGCAUUUUGUGGGCCAUAUCGGUAAUGUGGGAGAUCACAGAAAUCACUUUUGCUCAUCUGCUGCCAAACUUUAUUGAGUGCUGGUGGGACGCGCUCAUCCUGGAUGUAAUCAUAUGCAAUGGCCUUGGCAUCUGGGUGGGCCUCAAGAUUUGUCAAAUACUCGAAAUGCGUGAAUAUAAAUGGGCUAGCAUAAAGGAUAUCUCAACGACAACGGGCAAAAUCAAGCGCGCAAUGCUACAAUUCACACCUGAAAGUUGGUCAGCAAUUAGAUGGCUAGAUCCAAAGUCGACAGCUAUGCGUUUCGCUGCAGUCAUACAGUUGGUUAUAUUCUGGCAGGUGACGGAGUUGAAUACUUUCUUCUUGAAACACAUUUUCGAGAUGCCACCAGAUCACAUCAUUGUAAUUGGCCGUUUGAUAUUCAUAGGCCUCUUUGUGGCACCCUCAGUCAGACAAUACUACGUCUAUGUCACCGAUACGCGCUGCAAACGCGUAGGCACCCAGUGUUGGGUGUAUGGAGCUAUCAUGGUCUCCGAGGCCAUACUCUGCAUUAAGAAUGGAAAGGAAUUGUUUGAACGCACGCAGUCCAUCAACAUUGUUAUUUGGCUAUCAAUUCAAGUGCUUAUCUCGGUUGCGUUCGUUUAUGUGGCUGUUUGGUGGCAGCAACGCCAGCUGAAAAAGGUUUCAUCGACGCCAACGAAACGUCAGCUCGACAGUCCCUCCAAAGGUAAUUUAUCGCCGCAAAAAAACCAAGAGAAGAAAAAUAAAUGAGAGGCAAUUAAAAGAACAAAUAACUGGCAAAUUUGUUAAUUGUACAAUGUACAUACACUUUAUGCAAAGCCGUACUGAUUAAAUUAACUGUAAUGUGUAUAUGUAUGUAUAAAACUGCUAAACCAACGAAAAUCUUGUUAUUAUAAAAGUAAAGCAACGGAUAUUUUCUAA